AACAUUCUAGAGCAACUGGAUAACAAAUUUCGCGCUUCAUUUUUUUGGGGACCAGAGAGUUUGUUUUGAAAGAGGGAUAUACAAUGUCGGUGAGGUUACUGAACCCUGGAGCAGAAAUAAGCAAACGUGGAGUUGCGUUGUAUACUACCAUAAACGCUGCAAAAGGCUUGCAAGACGUACUCCGUUCCAAUCUUGGCCCUAAAGGAACCCUGAAGAUGCUAGUCUCAGGUGCUGGCGAUAUUAAACUCACUAAAGAUGGGAAAGUUUUACUAGAAGAAAUGCAAAUCCAGAACCCUACAGCUUCACUGAUCGCUCGCACUGCUACCGCACAGGAUGAUAUGGUUGGAGAUGGCACAACAACUUGUGUGAUACUCACUGGUGAGCUACUUCGACAAGCGGAGCGAUAUAUAUCGGAGGGAACACACCCUAGUGUUCUUACCGACGGUUUCGAUCUAGCUCGAGACGCGUUGUUACAGUGGAUGGAGAAUCAAAAAGUUCUUAAGAAAAUUAACCGAGAAACACUUGUUUCAAUGGCGCGUUGUUCUUUGACUACUAAGAUAUCUCCAGAGUAUGCAGAAAUUUUUGCAGAAUAUGUAACAGAUGCAGUGCUUACACUCCAGCGCCCUGAUACUCCGAUUGAUUUGCAUAUGGUUGAAGUCAUGACUAUGGAAGAGGAGGAAGUUCACCAAUCACGCCUAGUAAAGGGUCUUGUUCUUGAUCAUGGUGCAAGGCAUCCCGAUAUGCCAAAGGAAUUGAAGAAUUCAUAUAUAUUGACCUGUAACGUGUCUCUAGAAUAUGAAAAAAGUGAAUUAAAUGCGGGCUUCUUCUAUAGUUCUGCGGAACAAAGAGAAAAGAUGGUGUCUGCAGAAAGGGAAUUUGUUCUUGAAAGAGUUCGCAAGAUUAUUGAUUUAAAGAAAAAAGUCUGUAAGAGCAAAGAUCAGAGUUUUGUCGUGAUCAACCAAAAAGGGAUUGACCCACCUUCGUUGGACAUGCUAGCGAAGGAAGGAAUUCUUGCUCUGCGUCGAGCAAAGAGGAGGAACAUGGAACGUCUUACGUUGGCGUGUGGCGGUGUCGCUGUCAACUCAUUAGAUGAACUCAUGCCUGAAGUUUUAGGCUAUGCUGGACAUGUUUACGAACAGAUUCUUGGAGAAGAGAAAUAUACUUUUAUUGAGGACGUUGAGAAUCCGUUUUCUUGCACAAUUCUUAUCAAAGCACCAAAUAAGCACUCCAUAAAUCAAAUCAAGGAUGCCGUUCGAGAUGGUCUUAGAGCAGUUAAGAACACUAUUGAAGACAAUUGCUUUCUCCCAGGUGCAGGGGCAUUUGAAGUUGCUGCCUCUGAGUAUCUACAUGAAUACUCAAAGAGUGUUUCUGGUAGAGCGCGUCUAGGCGUUAUAUGCUUUGCAGACGCCCUCUUGACUGUUCCGAAAACCUUGGCAGAAAACAGUGGCUUUGAAGCUCAGGAAGUUAUCUUGAAGUUGCAAUCGGAGCAUCAAAAGGGCCAUAUGGUUGGCGUUGAUGUGGAAACUGGUAAUCCUAUUGAUCCCGUCAUGAUGGGAAUAUACGAUAGUUUUGCUGUUAAGAAGCAGUUGUUGAACCUGUCAUCCAUGAUUGCAUCGCAGCUUCUUUUAGUAGACGAAAUACUAAGAGCUGGGAGAGACGUCCGUUCGAAAUCAGGCAAUAAUUAAUGGAAGAAUAAAGCUUUUUACAACAGCUGUUAAUCGAGUUUUUCCCAACUGCUUAGACAAACCAAUCAUCGUUAAUUUGCAUUUGGUCGCUUGCAAAUUGCAGUUUGAAUUAUUUGGAUCAAUUUGGCUCUUAAAUUUCAAACGCCGCGCCUUUUGUUGUGAG